AUGAGUAAUAGUGGUGGGUCCUCCCCAUUCUUAGAAAGCCCUGGAGGUUCGCCGGGCGCAGGCAGUGCAAGUGGACAAAGUAACCGUCAGAUCCAGGCGUUGCAAUUUAAGCUGAACACUCUACAAAAUGAAUAUGAGAUUGAAAAGUUGCAGCUGCAGAAACAGACAGGUAUCUUAGAAAAGAAAUAUAAGGCCACAAUUGGCGAAUUAGAGAGAGCAUUGAAUGAUACGAAAUAUCUUUACGAAAGCAAUGAUAAAAUGGAGCAAGAAUUGAAGAGUUUAAAGGAAAGCUCGACCAAUUCGACAAAUGAUAAAGACAGAUGUAUAGAGGAAUUGCGGAUAACUUUGCAAAAUAAAGACUUAGAAAUGGAGACUUUAAGGCAGCAGUAUGAUUCUAAGCUGUCAAAAGUCACCAACCAAUGUGACCAUUUCAAGUUGGAAGCCGAGAGUUCUCAUUCUCUUCUGAUAAAAUAUGAAAAAGAAAUAAAGAGGCAAAGUGUGGAUAUCAAAGAUUUGCAGCAUCAAGUGAUGGAAAAGGAUGAUGAAUUAUCUUCGUUAAAAGCAUCUAAGAUGAUAAACUCUCACCCAAACUAUUCUACAGAAGAGUUCAAUGAGCUCACUGAGAUGAACAAAAUGAUCCAAGACCAAGUUCAGUAUACUAAAGAAUUGGAAUUAGCGAACAUGCAACAAGCCAACGAAUUGAAAAAACUAAAACAAUCCCAGGAUUCUUCUACCUUUUGGAAACUAGAAAAUGAAAAAUUACAAAAUAAAUUAAAUGAAUUGCACGUACUGGAAAGUCAAUAUGAAAAUCUUCAAUUAGAAAACAUAGAUCUAAAAUCGAAAUUAACUAAAUGGGAAAUUUAUAAUGAUAGCAACGAUGAUGAUAACAAUGAUGAUGAUGAUAAAAAUGAUAAUAAUAAUAAUAAUAAUAGUAAUAACAAUACUAAUAAUGAUACUAAUAAUAAUAACAGGGCCAAGAACAAUCUGCAAAGUAACCCUGAAGAAGUUAUUCGUGACUGGAAGCUUACCAAAAAGGAAUGUUUAAUCUUGACAGAUAUGAAUGAUAAGCUAAGAUUGGAUAAUAACAAUUUGAAGCUUCUGAAUGAUGAAAUGGCCUUAGAGAGGAACCAAAUAUUAGAUCUGAACAAGAAUUAUGAAAAUAACAUAGUAAAUUUGAAAAGAUUAAAUCACGAGUUGGAACAGCAGAAAAGUUUAUCUUUCGAAGAGUGUCGAUUGCUGCGUGAACAAUUAGACGGCUUAUAUUCCGCACAAAAUAAUAAUGCUUUACUAGAGGCCGAAAAUAGUGAAACACAUGUGCCAAACAACAUCAAAAACGAAGAUAUGAACAGUUUGCUCGAUACUUAUAAAAAUAAGACAGAAGAUUUAACAAAUGAACUAAAGAAGUUAAACGAUCAAUUAUUAUCAAAUUCCAAUGAUGUAGAAACUCAAAGGAAAAAGAGGAAAUUGACAAGUGACCAAAUUGGUCUAAAUUACUCACAAAGGCUCAAUGAAUUGCAGCUGGAAAAUGUAAACGUCUCGAGAGAGUUGAGUAAAGCACAAACUACCAUUCAGUUAUUACAAGAAAAAUUAGAAAAAUUAACCAGACUAAAGGAGAAAAAAAUCCGUAUACUGCAAUUACGUGAUGGCCCCCUCAUAAAAGACCAGUUUAUCAAGAAAAAUAAAUUGCGUCUCCUAGAAAAGGAAAAUGCUGAUUUAUUGAAUGAACUGAAACAAAAUAAUCCAACUAGUGAAACAGUACCUAUUUCUGUUUAUGAUACGCUGAACUUCGAGUUGAAACAGUUGGAACAAGAAGUUUUUAGGUCAAAUAAAAGAUUUUCCAGACUAAAGCAAGUUUUUAACAAAAAAUCGUUAGAGUUCAUAGACGUCGUGAACUCAUUAUUAGGUUUUAAAUUGGAAUUUCAGCAAGAUGGUCGUGUAAAAAUAUUCCCCUGUUUCAAACCUGAAAAAUAUUUGAUUGCAGAUCUAAACGAAAACACUCUGAAAUCUAACCUUGAUGCAGAUAUAGACGGCUGGGAUAAUCUCAUGGAUUUAUGGGUAGAAGAUAGAGGUCAGCUUCCAUGCUUUUUGGCAACAAUAACAUUGCGUCUUUGGGAACAACGACAGGCCAAAUAA